AUGGCGAGCCGGUGGAGGAGGGCGGGGGGCCAAGCUGCCCGGACGGGCCCUGGUGGGAAAGCGCGGUGGUCCUGCUGUGACUGCAGCGUCCUGGGGUCCCGGCAGGACGUGCCGUGUGAUGAGGAGAGUGGGCGCUGCCAGUGUCUGCCCCACGUGGUGGGCCCCAAGUGUGACCAGUGUGCUCCCCACCACUGGGAGCUGGCCAGCGGCCGGGGCUGUGAGCCGUGUGCCUGCGACCCACAGAAUGCCCUCAGCCGCCAGUGCAGCCAGGCCCCAGUUUCUGGAAGGCACGUUGCACUUAAGUUCUCUGUGCCUCAGAUCCUCAUCUAUAAAAAUGGGAAAAGAAGGGUGGCUUACUAUCACGGUGUGGUUGUGAAGGUCAAAUGUCAUGUGGCUUGUGACUGUGACUUCCGGGGAACACAAGGCCCAGGCUGUGACAAGGGCUCAGGUCGCUGCCUCUGCCGCCCCGGCUUGACCGGACUUCGCUGUGACCAGUGCCAGCGAGGCCUCUGCAACCACUACCCAGUGUGCGUGGCCUGCCACCCUUGCUUCCAGACCUAUGAUACUGCCCUCCAGGAGCAGGCCAAACAUCUCAGUAGCCUCUGCAAUGCCAGCGCUAGCCUGUGGCCUGGGCCAGGCCUGGACGACCGCAGCCUGGCCUCCCAGGUUCCGGAUGCAGAGAGCAAGACUGAGCAGAUCCAAGCAGUCCUUGGCAGCGCCGCAGUCCCGGAGCAGGAGGUGGCCCAGUUGGCCGAUGCCAUCUUCUCCAUUGGGCGGAGUCUCCAGGGCCUGCAGCCCGAUCUGACCCUAGAGGAGAUCUUGUCCCUCCCGGAAGACCUGGCCAGUGUGGGUUGAAGCUUCAGUCACCUCCUCGUUAUGUAUCAGAGCAAGAGGAAGCAGUCGGAAGAAAUCAGCAGUGCCGAUCUUCCUGGUGAGGCCUCCCGCCAUACUGCGGCCUACCAGCGGUCACUGCAGGCGGCUCGGCAGGUCUCCAAUAGCUCCUGCCUGCUGCUCCAGCUCAGGGGCAGCCGGAGGGAGGCGGAGAGGCAGGCGACACAGGCCGGCGGAGGAGCAGGAGCUGUGGGCCCCCGGCUCGAGGCCCUGCAGCUGGAGAUGGCUUCCUUGCCUGAUCUGACCCCCACCAUCAACAAGCUCUGUGGGGGCUCCCAGCAGGCAGCCUGCACCCCAAAAGGGUACCCUGGAGAGCUGUGUCCCCGAGACAACAUCACGGCCUGUGGCUCCCACUGCAUAGGUGCCCUCCCCAGGGCAGGUGGGGCCUUCCGGGUGGCAGGGCAGGUGGCCAAGCAGCUGCAGGGCUUCAACGUCCAGCUCCAGCAGACCAGGCAGAUGAUCAGGGCUGCCGAGGAAGCCUCCCUGCAGGUGCGGUCCGAUGCUCAGCGCCUGGAGACCCAGGUGAGCACCAGCCACUCCCAGAUGGAGGAAGACCUGAGAUGCAUGAGGUGCCUCCUCCAGCAGGUCCGGGACUUCCUCUCCGACCCUGACACAGACGCGGCCACCAUGCAGGAGGUCAGAGAGGCUGUGCUGCCCACAGACUCUGCCAAAGUCCUGAAGAGGAUGAGUGAGAUCCAGGCCAUUGCAGCCAGGCUCCCCAACGUGGACCUGGUGCUGUCCCAGACCAAGCAGGACAUCGCCCGGGCUUGCAGGCUCCAGGAUGAGGCUGAGAAGGCCAGGAGCCGAGCCUAGGCAGUGGAGUGCCAGGUGGAGGAUGUGGUGGGGAACCUGCAGCAGGGCACCAUGGUGCUGCAGGAGGCCCAGGACACCACGCAGGGCACCCACUGUUCCCUUCAGCUUAUGCAGGACAGGGUUGCCGAGGUUCAGCAGGUCCUGGGGCCAGCAGAAAGACUGGUGACCAGCAUGAGGGAGCAGCUCGGUGACUUCCGGGCUUGGACGGAGGCGCUCCGGAGCCAGGCAGGGCAGCAGCGAGUGCAAGCAGCCCAGGCCCAGCAGCUUGCAGCGGGCACCAGCCAGCAGGCACUGAGUGCCCAGGAGGGAUUUGAAAGAAUAAAAAAAUAUGCAGAAUUGAAGGACCAGUUGGGGCAGAGCCCCAUGCUGGAUGAGCAGGGCAGCCGGAUCCUGAGCAUCAAGACGGAGGCAGAGGAACUGUUUGGAGAGACCACGGAGAUGAUGGGCAGGCUGAAAGACAUGGAGUUGGAUCUGCUUCAGGGGAGCCUGGCCGUCAUGCUUUGCUCAGUGGACCUGCCAGGGCUGGAGAAAUAUGUGGAGAAGAUUCGCAACCACAUCAAUGGGCACGUGCUCUACUACGCCACCUGCAAGUGAUGCUCCGGCUCCCAGCCCCUGGCCCCACUCACCUGCCCUCUGUGCUUUUGGGGGACAGACUGGGUUGGAAUGUUUUUCAUCUCUGGGAGACUUAUAUGCAGCCCAAAGCACAGCCUGGCCGACCCCUGGUGUGCACCUGUCGAGAUCGUUCUGGGCUGCAGCUGAGCCUGAGCUGAGGGGACCCAGAUGGUGGAGGCGGGCCGUGUCAUGCGGGGGAAGCUUGGCUGGGCAGUAGUGUUCCUGCCCUUCAUCCUCCACUGAGGCUGACUCCUGGAUCAACACGAACUCUUAACGGAAAAUGAUAUACAAGUGAAAAGCCCAAUAAACAUCUGUGGAAAGAACCCUGGAGGUUGAAAGAGGGAAAAUGGUCUGUCUCCCCAUUAAAUAUAGCUUCAUCACUUGUUUCUGUCUCCCAUUUGGGGUUCCUGGGUGCUCCUCUGCCCACGGUCAAGGCUUAGAACUGUAUGAAGCCGUAGCCUGCCUCACUCCCAGUCCAGCCUG